AAUCCCAUUAUGACCAAGUCGCAUCUGACACAAAAGUACAUUCAUUAUAUCCAAUAUCCAAUAUAAGAAUAUAUUUAUUACGUGCCUAUAUUGGUGAGAAAAUUUUCAUAUUUACUGUUAUAUCUGAUAAUUUGCUGUGUGGUAACAAAUAUUAAUACGUAUUGAAAUAUCAGUAACGGAUAAUUCAAAUAGUUUCACAAACAGCAUUUUUUAAAUGCUGUUUGUGAUUUUGUAGUUACACUGUUCUUUAAUGCCUUUGAGCCCUAUGAAUAUGAAAAUAUCAAUGUGGUACUGACGUUCGACUGUACAAUAAUGCCAAGAAACAUAGGAGCACUGGUGGCAACAUACAAUAUGCUGAUAAUGUUCUUGUGCUGCUCUAAUCUUCGGCCAAAAGAAAAUUUUAAGUAUGCUUGCGAUGCCAAUGUUGCUGCUGAAAUAAGGUAUCUUGGUCAUUACAAUAACUGUUCAUCAUGCUUCCGUUGAAUGCAGUGUCACUAAAUGCUACUGUUAAUGCCGCUGCUUACAUAUAUACUUUUUGGUAUUGUACAAGCCUAUGCUAAUAGUAAUAUGCCUAUUCCAUUAAAGCUCUCGAUUGAGACUGAGUGUAGUUUUGAUUGCACCUCUCCAUGAAGGUAAGCAGUAAACUUAUCCAGAACCACCACGCGGAAUAUAUUUCUAGUGUCUCAGUUUAAUAUUUCUGGUACCUGUGCCGAGCGUGAAAGAAGCCUGCGAAUACAUGUAAAAUAUCUGUGCGACUGGUCGCUCGAGGCACUUUGCGUGUGUUUGCGAGCUUCCUUCAUGCUCUGAAAAACACUUCUUUGUAGCACGUAUUGAGCAACAGAAAGCUGUAUCAGGAGUUUCUCAUGUUACUCUACAAUUUUCUCAUUGACACCUUUCAUCUAAUAAUAUUUGAGAAGUUGACUAAUUAAGACCAAGUAUGUAAUUAAGCAGAAUGCAAAAAAAAAAUCUUAUCUCCAAGAGACUGUGAACAACAUUACCUUGGUUCUGUCCAGCUACGAAACAUCUGCAUAUUUUUAGACCUUGGCUCAAGUUAAGUGAAACACCUUGUACAUUCCUGCUGUGUCUACUCGGGUGUUUAUUUCUCUUCAGAAAUUAAAAUUUUAAUUUCAUUUAAUAAUUUUAUUUUUAAAUAAUGUUUAUUUCUACUUCCUGAUUCUUGACCAAUCUUGCAUAGUAUAGGUACAGUGCUCACGGAAUGAAAUGCGACGGCGAGCAUUUAGUAGAGUAGAACCCUACAUAUGUGCAGUGUACUUGGGAGUACCAUGUCGCUAGGAGCCUGGUCACCAGAGGUUACGCGGACUCUGAUCUAAGUGUACGCGGCAAAAUUACGUUGACGUGACACCAACCGCAGUCGGUGGAAACUAAAGUGUGUGCAUUAGUUAGCCCUAAACUGAUGCACUUCAUUCCAUGAGCACUGUACGUGUAAUAACCAUGGCCUGACAAUUCUUCAAAAAGGAGCAGUGGUGUAGGUCAUGUGUAUCUUGCUCAGACAAAGCCCUGCAUUUGGUAGAUGCAAAGAAAUUGCAUUCCCGAAAUUUUUGUAACACAUGACAGAAUCUGCUACAAGCUUGGACAGAAACAUUUCAUGUAUUUUUCUAUAUUUUGUUUAUAUUAUUGCUUACCUCGUAUACUUGCUGCAUUUUUGUCCAAACAUAGUAGCUCGUCAUGUGUAACUUUUGUUUUCCAUAGCUUGCAACCCAGAAUAAAUAUGUUGACUAGCUCUAGUCAACAUAUGCCUAUUCUGGGUUAAUUCUCUCUCUUUGCAUGUUUGCUAUUGAUUUUUGCACACAAUGUAUACGAAGCAGAUGGCCUUGUGACAACAGAAUGCAAUGGUGUUGUUGAUGAAGUUUAUAUUUAUGGCAACAAAUCUGCAUGCAGGUUUGUAUACACAACACACAAACAUAGGAUAUUGAUACACUGACAACACAGAAGUGCGAUUUUGUAAUGCUCACAGAAUACAGCCCGCGAAGCAUAUUUAUCUUGACAGUAACCCACAAUAGUCGCAUGUAACGUGUAAAUCGGGUGAAAGAAUAUAAAGAUAUCAGCCACGGCAAAUAAACAGCGCUUUAAUUUACAUGAAAUGGCAGUCGCAUGUCGCAGAAUAGCCUUUUCGGCGCAAGCCUGCUUGAUUUGUUUUCAAGGUCAAGCGAACAACAUAGAAAUGGACUCAACAAACAAACAUGGGAAGAUUUAUAUUGCGCCGUGCACCUUGCCGAGUAAACAACGCACCGCGACGUUGCUCUCGAAUAGCAAGUGGCGCAGUCCCGCCCGCAUAGCGCCCCAGAGCUGCUGCGCGUCGCUGAUCCGCCGCGCUCAUCGGUUGCGGGAUCGCGCCGCCGCACGGCUGCACCAGCUGCCUGUGCAGCGCGUCCAGCAACACUGGCUGCGUUGCCGCCUUGGCAAGCGUCGGCAGCGCGUCAGGUCGCUUGCCCUGGCUUAGCUUGGGUGCCGUUGCCCCACUGAACGUUCACCUGCCGCUCGAGGACAGCCUGUUUGUGAUCGCGCGUCCGAUCUGCCACACGCAAGGUCGGGCCGCAUGCGCGGGGCCUGAAGCCCGCCGGAGACCAUGGCCUACCAAGAACCGACGACGCGGAACCUCAAUGGCGGUGCGUCCAACGGUGUGUCGAGUAGCCUGCUCCCGCAGCCGUCGUCCUACCUGUCGGGCGGCUACGGCGGCGGGGGAACGCUGUCAGUGAACCGCACUCCCGUCGAUGGUCAGCCGCCGCCGCUCAGCAACGGGCCGUCGUCCGCGGCGCCCGUGGCAGGAGAUUCGCGCUUCCCAGCCACCCAUCCGCUGAGCGGCUCUAAGCACCUCUGCUCCAUCUGCGGCGAUCGAGCGUCUGGCAAACACUACGGCGUCUACAGCUGUGAAGGCUGCAAGGGCUUCUUCAAACGCACCGUGCGCAAGGACCUUACGUACGCUUGUCGAGAGGAACGGCGCUGCGUGGUCGACAAGCGGCAGCGGAACCGCUGCCAGUACUGCCGCUACCAGAAAUGCCUUGCGUGCGGCAUGAAGCGCGAGGCCGUCCAGGAGGAGCGCCAGCGGGCCAAGGACCGCAACGACAACGAGGUAGAGAGCACAAGCGGCGGCGUUUGCGUUGGCGUCGGAGGACCCGGCUCUCCGGAUAUGCCGCUGGACCGUAUCCUCGAAGCUGAGAUGCGCGUCGAGCAGCCGGCGCCGUCCGUGCUGGCCGCGGACGCGGCCGCGUCGGGCCGCGAUCCCGUCAACAGCAUGUGUCAGGCCGCCGACCGGCAGCUUCACGAGCUCGUGCAGUGGGCCCGGCGGAUUCCGCACUUCGAAGAACUACCCAUCGAGGAUCGCACGGCUCUGCUAAAAGCCGGCUGGAACGAGCUGCUUAUCGCCGCCUUCUCUCACCGCUCAGUGGGCGCGCGAGACGGCAUCGUUCUUGCCACGGGCCUGGUGGUGCAGCGGCACAGUGCGCACAGCGCAGGCGUCGGCGACAUCUUCGACCGCGUGCUGGCCGAGCUGGUGGCCAAGAUGCGCGAUAUGAAGAUGGACAAGACUGAACUCGGCUGCCUGCGCGCCGUUGUGCUCUUCAAUCCAGACGCCAAGGGACUCCGCAACAUCGCCAGAGUCGAGGCGCUCCGCGAGAAGGUGUACGCUGCCCUCGAGGAACACUGCCGGCGCCACCAUCCGGACCAGCCGGGCCGCUUUGGUAAGCUGCUCCUGCGGCUGCCCGCGCUGCGCAGCAUCGGCCUCAAGUGCCUCGAGCACCUCUUUUUCUUCAAGCUCAUCGGAGACACUCCCAUCGACAGCUUUCUGCUCAACAUGCUCGAGGCACCGGCCGAUCCCUAGCCGUCGAUCUUGAAAGGGUUGUUGCCGUCACAUGGUUCGCGACUGCAACAUCGCCAUCAAUAGAAUACAUAGGGUCUGUUCAAUUCGCCUGCACCACUGUGAACCAGUUCACAGAGGUUCACGAGAAGUUCAGAAACUGCAGCUCGAUUCCGGAGGUGCAGGCGCAGCGAAACACUCAAAACGAAUGUAAAGGUGCAGACGCGGUGUAGGCAUUAUGCUAUGUCAGACUAAUGUGCAUGGAGUGCGUAAGUUUGAGAGGUCCUGAACUGCAGGUGUGAUCGGUUUUUGGGGCGUAAAUACCCACCACAGUUGCGACACAUCACAUGCGUGUAAGCGGGGUUUUAACGGUGUUCGCUCCCGUGUGCUGCGUCGUCUGCUGCGCCGCUGCUUUGCACCUGUACGCCUGCACCAAGUCAGCACCGACAGUGGAGCGGGUGCAGCAAAAUGAUGAACCAGCCUUGCACCUUUCCUGCACCUUUUGAAACGAACGACUUGGUUCUGCGGGCACCAUUGCUGCACCGCUGAAAUGAAUGGCAGGGUGCAGCACCUCGCGAACUGGUUCAAGUGGUGCAGGCAAAUCGAACGUACCCGUAAUGUCUGCAGUGCCACGGCUGUUGCAGUUGUCAUGCUUGCAGACUCGAGUCACUGGGAAAUGUUUUGUGUGAUGCUUUCGACCUCAGUGCACCAGGAUACAUUUGUUGCUCCGCGCACAGCAUUGUGCUGGUAAAUAGAUGCCGUGUGAUUUUGAAUGCCGUUCUGGGAGGCGAGUGGACAACAAUCAUUGUGUAUCCAUGCUUUAGCUCGUACUGUAGUUUGUUCAAGGUUUCUUUUAAAUACGUGAGGCACAUCUGAGUGGAAGCUUGCAUGGCGAAGCGCCUCUUUUGCUGUUUUCUGAGCUAAGUGACGUGGCAGUUACUGUACUAUAAGCUUAUGACAGCAGCACCUUGGAAACGUUUCCCGGUACCUCUGCCACAUACCUUUCACCACCCUCACUGAGGAGGAAGGAUUUUUUGCCAUCUUGCCAAGAACUGUGUUCCGGAUACUUUGCCAUUAUUGUUUGUUCCAUGUUGGUGGUUACUGUUUGAACAUAUUUAAUGUGCUGGUUCAUUACGGAGCACUUGUAUGUUUCAUGAUAAUGUGUGAGAGUAGGAUAUUGAAUGUUGCUAAGAUUUG